AUGGCACUAACCAACCAGCCCAACCCCGCGCAACUGCCCCUCGACCAACAACUCACGCAUCUCCGCGCCGUGCUCUCCACCAACAAGACGCUCGUCACGGUCCUCGAGCGCGUCGCGACCAUGGGCCUGCCAAACUGGUAUCUCGCCGCCGGGUCCGUCUCCCAAACGAUAUGGAACCACGUGUCGGGGAUGGCGCCUGACACGGGCAUAGCCGACUACGACGUCGUCUACCACGACGACAGCGACCUCUCGUGGGAUGCCGAGGACAAGCACAUACAAACGGCCAGGGCGCUGUUUUCAGACAUGCCAGAAAUCGACAUCGAGAUUCGGAAUCAAGCGCGUGUCCAUUUGUGGUAUGGGGACAAGUACGGAAUCGAGUGCGCGCCGCACAGGAGCGUCGAGGCCGGCAUCGACUCGUGGAUCUCGACGAGUGCCAUGAUUGGGAUACGGCUGAAUGAAGACGCCCAUUCGUGGAGCGUGUAUGCACCGAGGGGCUUGUCUGAUUACUUCAACAUGGUGGCGAGACCGAAUACGGCGCUGGGCUCGCAGGAAGCCUACGACAACAAGGCAGCGAGAUGGAAGGGCAUAUGGGACAAGCUCACGGUUGAACCAUGGCCAAAAAGCUAA